AUGUCCGUGGAGGCUGAAGAGGGCCUUGAGGCGUUUCUGCUCUCCCGCCUCGCGCGGAAUCCGGCCCUGAUCUCGGAGACACCCGAAUCGCUCGGCCUGGAGUCCUCAGUUGGGACGCUCCCGGAGGCCCAACGGCGUCUUUUGGCUGCCUUUUUGCCCUCCUCGACUGCUGUGAAGGCCGUGGGAGGGGGGGGGAAUCUCCGGAAAGGGGGGCUUUACUCCAGCGGGGGCUGCUCGACCCCCCGCUCCUCCCGCUCGGCGGCGAGCACCUACUCUACGAGAAUAUCUGGUCCGCCUUCACAGAGGCCGUGGGGGCCGCGAUUGCCGUCCAUGCGGCCAACACGAAUGAAGGAAUGGGCCUGGAUGAAGUCAAACUCGCGGGGGAACGGCUCCACGCCGCGCGGGAAAAGCUCUCACAGGCGUUUGAAAAGGUUCAACGGCUGGUGA